AAUUAUGUUUAUAAACAUUUCAUUAAUAAAAAUCUCAUUUUAAUUUACAUAUUUCUAUUUUCAGAUCCAACUUGUAAGGGUAACUGCAGAGGUGCUGGAGGCCCAUUCCUGCCCGGAAAUUAUUAUAAAUACCAACUGCAAGGACAGACGACAAUGCAUCUCCCUGGCUCACCAGAUGAUGUUACUUCACUUCAAAUAUCCGCCACUGCUGAAGUCUUUGCGGAAUCCAAAUGUCAGCAUGUCCUCAGAUUAUCCAACUUAUUAGUGGAAGGACCAGAUUAUGAGGAAUACGAUGGGCUGAAUGCAGACUGUUCCAAGCCAAUCAGGUUCUCGUAUAGUGACGGAAAGCUGGAUGAGUUGUGUGCUAAGGCUGAUGACGAGGGAGUCAGUUUGAACAUCAAGCGAGCUGUCAUCUCUCUCUUGAGUUCAGUCAAGAACCAGGAUGGUGGUAGUGGGUCUGCUAGUGAGAAUGAUAUAUUUGGAAUUUGCCCAACUGAGUUCACUAUAUCUAGUGAAGGCUCAAAGGUCAAAAUCCAAAAAUUCAAGAACUUGAACAGAUGUGCUCUCCGAGAGGAGUUUAAUUUCCCAUUUCCAACAACUCCGUACCAGGCAGUCCAGAGUAGUUUUGGCAGUUUUGAGACAUCACCUUUGCUCGGUUCCGAACUAAAAGUCUCCCAGGACAUAGAGAAUGGAGUUCUACAGAGGGCUGAGGGAACAGAAACAUACAACUACAGACCUCUGAUGAAUCCUGAGGCAGGAGCAACAGUUAAGGUCUUCUACACUCUCACCUUGGAAAGUUCAAGACGUGGUGCAAUUACAGCAAAAUUCUAUAGCCCGAAAGGAGUUUUCUAUGAAGCUGUACAUGACUCAGAUGGUAUUAAGAAUCAAGGGACUAUUUCUGCUGCACUACGGAAGGCAGUGAAUGCAAUAGAUCCUGUUGCCACACCUGAAGCAGCCAGAGAGUUUGCUAACCUUGUUCAUGUCAUUGAGCAAGGCAACAAAGUUAAUAUUUUGGCAGCUUACUCUGCAGCUCAAGGCGAAACAGCCAAAAACCUCUUCUUGGAUGGUCUUUUGUAUGCUGGGAGUGCAGAAUCAGUUGAGGCUGCAGCAGAGUUGCUUAGUAGUAAAAGAAUUCCUGAGGAAUCAGCCCUUCUCUGGUAUCUUGACCUCAACUUUGUUAAACAUGUCUCAAGAGGAUCCCUCACUUCCUUAAUGCCCCUGCUCUCUGGUGACAAAGUACCUUACCAAGCAUACUUGGGAAUUGGAUCUGUUGCUGGAAAGUUCUGCCUGCAGCACCCACAGCUCUGUGAGACCUCUCAGGAAUACAAACAACUUCUGGCCAGACUGGCUGCCCCCUUGGCUGGAGGCUGCAAGGUUGAUUCCCAUGAAAAGGAAAACAAUAUUAUUGCCAGCCUGAAGGGAUUACGCAACACUCGUCACCUGACUGCCGAGAUCGCUCAACAAAUCAGCCAAUGUGCAGCUGACAGAUCAGCCAGGUCUAGAGUGCGUGUUGCUGCUCUUGAAGCUUUCCAUGCUGACGCUAACAAACCAGUUUUCACUCAAACAGCUACUAUAAUUUUGUAUAAUGUCGAAGAAGACUCUGAGCUACGAAUUCAAGCCUACUUGGCCUUAGUCGCAAACCCUACUCCUAAAGUUGCAGACAUAGUGAAGGAACUAAUCGACAAGGAACCUGUCAAUCAAGUUGGCAGCUUCAUUGUUUCUCAUUUGCGUAACAUCCGAGCUUCAACCAAUCCUGAAAAAGAAGCAGCCAAACAACUUUUCGGUAAUAUAAUAAGCAAGAAGAAGUUUCCCUUUGACCAGCGCAAGUUCUCCAAAAACCUUGAAUUGUCUUACAGCCUUGAUGCGCUGAAUGUAGGAGCAGUCGGGGAAAUGAACCGAAUCUUCUCACAAAAAUCUUUCAUUCCCAGAUCUGUGUCACUGAACUUGACAACACAACUCUUCGGCCAUUCCGUCAACUUAGCUGAGUUUGGACUGAGAACAGAAAAUCUUGAAUGGCACCUUGAAAAAUAUUUUGGUCGUAAAGGAAUAUUGAGAUCUAAGGGAAAAGAGAUCAUUGAUGACUUUGCGGAUGAGGCUGAGACAGUUGUAAAUAAGACUUUGGAACGAAACAAAAGAUCCAUCAACAAACAACAAACAUUUGAUGCAAUUGACAAGAUUCAUCUUGGCCCAGAUUAUGAGGAUCGUCACACAAACCUUGACUUUUCAUUAAAACUCUUUGGAUCCGAUAUUGCUUGGAUAAAUUACCAUGACGAGUUUGACUUUCAAGACGUGAAAAAGAAACUGAACAGUAAAAUGGAUGAAUCUCUGGAAAACUCCAAAAACAUUAAUAUCGACUAUAAGAAAGCAAGGACAUUCUUGGAUGCAGGACUUACAUAUCCAACUGGACUUGGAUUUGGAUUGAAAAUCAAAGCAAAUGGUAACUAUGCAGCGAACAUAAAGGUCAAUGGUAAAGCUGAUUUGAAAGCAAUCAUGAACAACCCAAAAAACACACAUGUUGCCUUCCAGUUUGUGCCAAGUGUGAGUCUGGAGCUGGCCUCCACCUUGUUGGUCGAUGCUGAUGUUUUUAAAUGUGGUAUGAAAGUCUCUGCCAAUCUCCAUUCCUCCACUGGGACAGAUCUGACAGUGAAGGUACUUGAUGGAUACGGAGUAGAUGUCAAGCUUGGCUUGCCCGUCAAGAAACAGGAAAUACUGAACUUCCACUCUGACGUUUUCAGUAUCUUCAGAGAGAAGACACGUUCUGAAGAAGAAACACCUGUUAAAUUCAAUGUUAGGAGGGAGGAUCACGGUGGAUGUUUUGACCAGCUAAACACCUUGACUGGACUGACAGUCUGUGGAGAAGUCAGUGUGCCCCUGGAUGGAUUCAAAGUGCUCAGUCCUGCCUAUGGACCUAGCAAGGCUUCCCUCCGCAUUGAAAAGGAGGAUGAAUCACUUACUGCUUAUCACUUCAGAGCCUUCUAUGACAAUAAACAGCCUGAUAAAUUAUCCCUGGAGGUGCUUUUGGAUACUCCCAACUCGAAGACAGAUCGAAAGUUUCUUCUGACCGCCAAAGGUAGCAUGAAACCCCAGAAACAACUCCUUAUUGUUAUGGAAUCUCCUUUAACUGUUCCCACAACCUUUGAAGCUGUGGUCAUUGAUACUGAAUUGGAGCAAGCUAUAGCUGCUAAGUUGACUUCCGAUACGGCAGCAUACUUCAUCAAGAUUGGUGCCCACAUUUCUGGUGACAUAAAUCGCAGGAAGUAUGAACCUAUUCUUGAAUACAAAUUUCCAGAAACAGCAGCAUUGUCUGAUAAAGGAUGGAUUGGACGAAAAGGAGUAAAGGGAGGAAGGCAGCAGCAACAGUCAGCUGUAGGAAUUUCAGGAGCUAUAUAUGUGGAAAAAAAUCCUGGAACAGCUUACAGACAAUAUGAACUGCAAUCUGUAACUCUGAACACUCCCAAUAUAAAGGUGACUGUUGACGGAACCAUCACUAUUGAUGCUAACCUUAUCGCAACUGAUCUCAAGGCAUCAUAUGAAAAGGACACUUUAACAUUAAACUCAAAAAUCCAGAAACUGGGUGAAAGAAAAUACAUAGCCAGAGUAGACAUUUUACCCUCAAAGUAUCCUGAUUUAGGAGGAAGUGUUAAAUGGGAAUAUGAGAGAACCCCAAACAAGAUUGAGAACAACUUGGUUAUUGUUCAUGGUUCAGAUCUCAGGAGCGAAGUGUCCCGUUUAUCAAUUGCCCAGUUGUUGUCUUACAAGUACGAGUCUGUAGAAGAUUUUGACUUCCACACUGAAAAUACAGUUUCAUAUCCCCUGCUGGGCUUCUCUGGCUUGCUGAAAGGAAGUGUGGCUCCCAAGAGUGUGAUGUAUGAUGUUGAUGUAACCUACGACAAUCAUCAAGUGAAGAGCAAACUGGAUGCCAAGAGGGGCAUGAAGUCUCCAACUGACUACAGCAUAGAUUUUGAGGCAAAAGCUCUAGAAAACAGUGUAGACCUUUCCCUUAAGCACGAGCGUGUGUCAACAACAAAGUCCAAGUUUACCAACUCUCUAGAGAUGAAACCUGGUGGCAAGUACCAACUGAAUGCUCUGGUGGAGAACAAUGUCAGGCCUGGUGACAUCCAUCAGUCCUUGGAUGCUGAGCUCAAAAUGCCACAGAAUCCUAAAUCUGUCAAAGUUAAGGCUGAACUUAAACAAAACAACAAAGAGAAUGAUGUAGAGUUUGAGUUGAUUGCUGGAAAUAAACAUUUGGUUGAUUUUGAAUUUGAAUUUAACAAACAAGCUGAUCCAUCUGGAAAGUUCAAAUUGUUGUUACCAAAGUAUAUUGACAGUCAAGGAGUUUAUGAUACAAAAGCUGGAAAAGGGACUGGAUCCUUUUAUAUAAAUGUUUUGAAGACAGGAAGGAAGAUUGAGGGUAAAGGUGAAUUGACCAAGACCUCUUCGCAUGUUUACGGCAUUGGUGAACUAUUGUGGGAUGCUUCAAAAGACCCUAGUAAAAAAAUCCAAGUAAAAACAGACACUACGGUUUCAGGAAAAUCUAUUGACACUAAGAACACUCUGCAAAUUUUGGAGGACAAGACGGAAGUAAACCUGAAGGGAACUAUGGACGGCCCUUUGCUUGAUGGAACUCUUAAAGUAGAAGCUGAAGUUGUUCUACCGUCUGGCAGAAUAGUAACUGCUAAAGUUGACAGAGUUUUCCAUUUGGUCUCAGAGGAAAAUAAGAUUGAAGGAACUUGGGAACUUGCAGACUAUGCUUCCAGGGGUGCACAGCCACGUAAACUGACACUGAACUUGGCUGGUAAGAACACCAAUCCUGAAAAAGUUCAUUUUGACGGACAAGUGGACCUGACCUACAUGACACCUAACAGAGAGGACCUCAUCCUACACUUUGUAGGCAAGAAGGUUCCUCAGGGCGAGAAAUGGAUCAUCGCUGGGCAGAGCUCAGUAACUGGAUCCAUGGUGAAACACCCGAUACAUGCCAAGCUGAACACAGAGAUAACAGAACAGCUGCUCAAGGGACGGAUGACAGAUGAUGGAAAGUUUGAACUGUAUGACUUUGAACUGAAGGUUGGCAAUGAAAUUGAAGUGGUAUCAUAUGGUAAAAUUAACCAGGACCAACUUAAUAACGACAUCGAGAUCAAACUACCAUCUGACCUUGAGAUCAAGUCAGUCAAAUGGAGCAUGCUCCAUGUAUCAGCAAAAGAAAGUACUGGAAAGAAGAUCAUAAGCACCAAUGCCAUUUAUUGGAAUGGGAACAAGUUUGUUAAAUACAACGCCGAAUUCUAUGAAAAGCCAGACAAUCAUCAUGGAAAAAUAACAUGGGAAAGUCAUGAGCAGAGUCCACGUACACUAACUUACGGCAUCAAUGCUAAUGAGAAUAAAGUAGACUUGGAUCUUGCUCUGGAAUGGGAAGGCAAGAAAGCUGAUUUCAUUUUGAAAGCACAUGCAGCUCCAUAUCCUGCUACUUUAAAAAUUUCUAGCAAUGUUCCUAAUCACGGAAAAUUUGAAAUUGACAUUUCUGCUGAGGUCAAUCCAGGUUCUGGAGAUAUUCUAAUAGCCAUGGUAGGAAAUGGAAAGAAGAUGGCUUUCUACAUUCGCUACAGUAAGAACAAAAAUUUUGUGGAUAUUGGCUUAGAAUUGCCAGAGGGAAAAUCUAGAGUUUAUGGGAAAUUAGAAGCAAAAGGACCAGCACACUAUAUAGUAGAAAGCAAACUUGAGUGGAUUACGCGUGGUGGUGGCACUUUUGAAGUAAAUGGUGAAGUGAAAGUUAGGAGCUUGGAUGAUCUAUUUAUAAAGCUGUUCAUUGAAAGUCCAACAUUCAACAUGAAUAAAGUGGAGUUUGAGGCUGGCAGACAACUUACAAAAUCAGCUGCCAAGACUUUGUACUUCCGUGGAAAAGCCAAUGAGAAACAAAUUUCUGGCAGCUUUACUCUGGUGCCAAAAGAAGACAAUCUGUAUGAGGGAAGAGGCGUUUUGAAUGUCGGAGAAGAAAGUUAUCCACUUCAGUUGAAAUUAAAAUAUGAUUUACAGACGAAAGAUAAAAAGGAGAUAUUGUGGAACAUAAAAGUUGGAAAGUACUCAUAUGACGCCCACACUAUUAUUUUGGUCGAUGAAGUUAGCGGUUUGCAAAACUAUGAUGCAACAUACAAAUAUUGCAAUGGGGACAAAUGUCAAUAUGAGGCAGUCAAGCUCUUCAACCAAAAAACAGGGCCCAUGGAAUAUGAGACAAAAUUUGAAAUGCAGCUGUCACUAUCGCUGUUCUUUGUGUUGGAACAUCCACUGAUACUGAAGAGUCACAUGAAGAGACAAGGCUUAGAAUACGAUCGUAUUCUUGAGGCACAAUAUGGACCAGACAAAAUUCACUACCAUGGAUAUGUCAAGACGGACCGUGCAGGUGCUGAGUUGACACUUCCCAAGAGAACAAUUGCUGUGGAGGCAAUUUUCGACUUCCAAGAGCGCAAUGGAAAUCCUUCAUUCAAAUUUGAAGGCAGUUUCUGGUUGGACAAGAAAAAUGCUGCUGCAGAUAAGACGUGUUUGUUACUGACCAAUGAGAACACCGAAAACUCUAAUGCUCUGAUAUCAUCUUCUGAGGCUCGUUUCAGCACACCAGGAAUGAAAGAACUGUCAUUAAAGAGUGAUCUGAACAUCAAUGCAAAAGACCAUACCAUCCAUGCGAAAUUCGAAGCUGAUGUAUUCUCCAAGAAGAACCAAAGACUUAUGGUUGAAUAUAAACUGGCUAGUAGCAAAACCAAGGGUACCUACAAUGGAAAUGAUCAUCUUCACAUUCAUAGCAAGGGCCUUAACAUUGAUGCAAAACUCCAAAGGAAAGCAGCUAUCUCUAAUAAUGGUUUCAGCUACAUAAUAACUGGAUCCUAUAUCGAUUCCAAACAGAACAAGAGAGAGGGGUUGGCUCAGAUAACCUUUGACCCCAGACAUACAGAAGUUGUUUUUAAACUCCCAGAGGGUACAGUAUAUGCAGAAGAAGAAGUGGUGUCAAAAAUUGAUGACAUGAACUUCAACGUGAAAUCAGAAGGCUACAUGUUGGGCUAUAAAUUUGAGGAGGAUUUGGAUGUUAAAAUAAAGGGAUCACACUUUAAAUACAUUCUAACUAUCAUUCAGAAGGCAGAGAACAAUCCACAGCUCAUACUUGAUGUUGGAGUUGAUUUAGAUCAACUUGCUGAAAUAAAUUUGAAGUACAACAAGAAACUACUGCUUGGCCUAGAAGUUGCUCUGGACGAGGCACACUAUCUGAAGUCCAAGUACCAGUACAACACAGACGUCGCCAAGGAAUAUCUGAGUCAAGAGAAAGAAAAUAUAGUUGGAAUGGUGAAGGAAGCAUCAAGAAUUGCCAAGAAUACUGGAGCCAAGGUGGCAGAAGAAGUGACUGACAGAUUAGAAGACUGUCGCCAAGCUCUCCCCAACUUCAAGUCAGCAGCCCAACAUUACGAGAAAGAGUUGCAACAGUUUAAAAACGAGAUUACUAGCAAUGAGAAUGUAAAAGACAUAAUUGAUUUCUUAAAGAAUACUUUUGGAACUAUUUUCGGUCAGAUUGGUGCCAUCUUACAAGAAAUUUCCAAUAUUGUUGAAAAGUUUAUUGAUGUUCUCAAUGAUGCAAUGAAGAAGAUUACUGAGUCGAUUAAGGCCACUAUUCCCAAGCUGAAAGAAGCUUAUGGAAAGGCUUCUGAUAUAGUCAUUCAGAUGGUGGAUGACAUAUUGGAGUAUGCCAAAACUGUUAUUGACACUGUACUUGACAAAAUCAAACAAUUUAAAAAAGAAAUUGAAGAAGUUGUAGAUGUUGUAUCUGACUUCUUACAAGAAAUUGGUCAGUUAAUAUCUGGUGCAGUGAUCGGAAUACAUAAAGAACUCAAAGACUUUCUUCACGUUCUAUGGGAGCAGAUCCAAAAUCUUCCUAUAUACUCAAUAAUCAAAGAAAAAUUGCAAGAGUUGAAAAACUACCAGAUACCUGAACACUAUUGGGCUACAUUCCAAGAUCUAGUCAAGUCAGUGGAGCAAGUGUCACCAACACCGCAGCUUCAACAGUUUGUAAAAUCAGCUGCUGAUUACUUUGAAAAGUUUGUAAAACAACAACCAUUCGACAAGGCAGAAGCUCUGAAACAACUGCUCAAUGAGUUAACUGCUGCCCUCGACUCUCUCGCUCCGAUCCUGAAGGAGUUGGCUCAGGAGUUCAGUGGCAAGACGAGUCCUGGCAGUCCUCCUAAGCUAUUGUUGACACCACCAUCAUUUGGAUCAUUUGUUGCACCUCCUGGCACAGCCCGGUUCAGCCUGCUCAACUGGAUAAAAUCUCCGGAUCUACCAACUCUGUCAGAACUCUAUUACACUUACAGACCAAAGAAUUCUCCAAUUGAUAUCCUACCUCCUUUUGAUGCAAGUGCACAACUCAUUGGUGGAACAGAAUUUUUCACUUUCGACAGAAAACAUUACAGUUUCAAGGGGAGCUGCAGCUACAUUCUCAGCACUGAUGUAAUCGAUGGAAAUUUCACUUUAGUUGCAAAUAUGGAAGCCGGAAAACUUAAAUCUAUUGCUGCAUUUGAUCAUGACAAUAGUAUUGAACUUCUUAAUGAUAACAAGGUGUUGGUAAACGGGAAACCAGCUGACCUGCCAGCCAAGGCUGGAGAUCUCCACAUGUGGAGGAACUUUUAUAGUGGCACAGGCUUUGCAACUUGGUCUGGCAUCAUGUUCUACUGCACUUCACAUCUCCAGUCGUGUGCAUUUUCCAUUGAUGGUUUCUACUUUGGCAAGACCAGAGGACUCCUGGGCACAUAUAAUAAUGAACCCUACGAUGAUGCAAUUAUUCCUGAAGGAAGUGUGGGCUCAUCAACAGCCAUGUUUGCCAACUCAUGGAAGGUGAACCCACAAUGUGCCGAUGGGGUUGUACACGAACAGCCAGCACCUGCAGCCCCCCAAUGCACCAAACUGUUCUCUGGAGGCUCAAGCUUAAGAGGAUGUUUUGCCUACGCCAAUCCUGAAAGCUUCAGGGAGGCUUGUAACAAACAGGUAGCCGAGGCAUCUGGUGAGGCCAAAGAAGAGGCAGCCUGUAAUAUCGCACUUUCAUAUGUAGGAUACUGCUAUUACGUCCACUUUGUCCUUAUACCUCUGCCUGAUCACUGUGGCAAGUGCCAAGUGGGAUCUGAAACCCUCCACAUUGGUGAGUCUGCCUCAGUCAAAACACCUCAGACAGCAGCUGAUGUUGUGAUAGUUGUUGAACAGUUGGAAGACAACGAAGAUAUAUUUAAUAACCUUAUCUCACCUCUUGUGUCCACUUUGAGAAAUGAUUUCAAGGAAAAAGGAAUUGUGGAUGUCAACUUUGCCCUCAUCGGAUAUGGAGCUCCAGACCAACAAUGGCUUUCUGUGUAUACGUUCAAUGGAGAGUUCAAUAAAUUCUCUGGAUCUGCUGAAAAUAUAUACUUUGGUAAAGAGCAAGAAAUUUCAAAACCAAAAUUGAGUGACAAACUUCAAGAAAUAAAGAAAAUACUGCUAAAUGAAAUUGGAUUCUCAAAGCCAGCUCAGGCUUUCCAAACAGCCUUUAACUACCCAUUCCGCCCAGAAGCUCUGAAGACUAUUGUUGGAGUUAUGUCAUCAGGCUGUGACAGUGCUAUUUUGCCAUUCCAGACUAUGAGGCUUCUAGUCCACAGGAUCAACCUUCUCAACUCUGGAGUGGUGCUGAAUAUGGUCACACCAUUAAAGGAUCUCAGUGUGGAUGGAAAGGAUGAGAAGGUUGCUGCAAACAUUGUUGGGUUUGACUCUGAUGCAGUCUACACCCAAGGUGAGGCCAAGAGGAAGGUUCUGAGAGGCGACGAAGAAGCUUUACACAAACUCAAGUACACAAGUGACCUGUGCAUCGAACUGACUCUUGGGACAAAUGGAGCCGUAUUCAGUUCAUCUAACUUCGUUAAAGGCAAACCCAAUCUACGAAAGAACUUCCUUCAAGUUCUAUCCAACAAGAUCACAGAUAGUUUGACGAGAGAGGAGCUAGUCAACGAUUGUAAAUGUGAACUUGAGAGGGGAAUGAUAACGAAAACAAAAUGUACAGUCACUUCUCGACGAGAGAAAGAACCUCUUGCUAGGAACAUCAAGGGAGUGAAAGGUUAAAUCCAUUUCUCUAAGAAAUCAUUCAAUUUCUUAGAGAAAUCUUUUCAUCUUCAUGAGGAAUUUAGCAUUAAUGAUGUUAAAAAGUCUUAAGUUUUAAGUAUACUAUCUAAAUAACUCUAAGAAUUUGUACAUUUUGGAUGAAAAAUAAUGUAUGUACACAAUAUAGUUAUGCUUUGGUAUGUUUAACAAUUUAGCUCCCAAGUGUCACAGUAUUGAGUAUUCACAGUAUAUUCUUUUUCAGUUUGUGUAAGCUUCUAGAGUGAAUUGUUAAAAUACUCAAAGUAUUUAAAAUAACAUAAUUUGUUGUUGAUUAUAAAUGUAAUCAAGAUUGUGUUUUUAUAGUCUAAAUCAGAAGAUUUUUAAAAGAUUGUUUAGGCCUAAUUAUUUUUACCUUAUAUGCCUUUUAUUUUAAAAUAUCUAUCAUCAGUAUGCUGAUCUUGUUGCAUUUCCUCUAGUUUCUAGAACUUUCAAAUUCGCAACAAAACUUACUAUCAUGAUGUUUAAUAUAAAUUAACAAGUUGGUUUUUAACUCUUUUAUUGUUAUUAUUAAGAGUUUAUUAUUUAACUCUUAUAAAUCAACAUCUCAGAGAUGGUGUUAGAUGAAUAUAAAUGUGAUUAUGAUGUUGAACUAACAUCAGAAGACACAGAAAAUAAUUAUGUCAACAUUCCUUGAGCUUAUACUGCUUUAAAUUCUCAACUGUUACAGUUUUAAUGAUAUGUUGUGUGAGUUUAAAUGUGAAUAUAUAAUUUAGCUGUGCUGUGAACAUUACAAUAAUAAAUAAUAAAAUAAUUUUGCAUUUGGGAAAGUUAAAACUAUCCCAAUAAUAAUUUAAUGUAUUUUUUCAAUAUUUUACUAGUUAUUUAGAUGUUUUGGAAACUAUACGAAUUUAAAAAAAACCAUAUCUGUGCAGCUUACAUAUAAAUAUUCUUGUGACAAAUUGGACUUUUAAGUAAAAAAAUACUUAACAUAAAUAGCGAAAAAUGUUAUUCUAUUAUAUUAAUUUAAUUAGACCUAUAAAACCUUAAGAUGUUUAUGUAAACAAAACCUUUUCAUUAUUUAAUGAAUACCUAAUGGUUUAAUGAGUACUUGAUUUAGUAUCUAUGGAUCUUUCUGAAAUAGGAGUAACAAUAUUGUUCAUAAACUUAUUUAUUUAAUCCUUUAGUACUUAAAAUGUCACCUAUAAUAGUUCUUUGAAUCCUUAUGAGGUAACUGAAAUAUUGUAGUUAAGUACUCUGAGGUCUUUUGGAUACUGUCUACUAUAAUUUUAACCUAAACAUGACAAACAUUAUUUAAAAUUAUGUGUUUCCAGUUUUUUAACUUUAAGGGGUCCUGUACAACUCAGUGGCACAGAAGAAUUCAUUAAUUAUAUUCAUUAUUAUUUUGCAAAACACAUUGUUUUAAAAUAACAGUUUUGUACUGUAUAGUUUCACAUUGUUAAGUCUAGUUUAUAGUUUAAUACAAUUCAAAUAAUUAAGUAUUUGUAAAAUAAAACAAUUUUAUUCAUA